AUGGCCAAAGUGAAGGGAAAAUAUUCCAAAGUGAACUCCCAAACAACUUACCGGAAGCGAAUGCUGAGGGGCCGACGAGAAGGGGAGAAAGCAAAAGGCGCAGUUUUCCUACCAUUCCCUUUUCCACCAUCACCAACCACAAAUCGAUCAAUCAAUCAGAGAGGAUUUCCCACCUAUCAUACCUGCCUAACCCUAUCCGCCAGCUAGCCAGCGAGACCAAUAUCGCACCCCGCUUGGAAAGUGAGUCGCACACCACCACAGGGCGGAAAAGCGCAGUAACUGUACAGCAUGUCCGGCACCGGCUGGUUAUUAUCUUGUCCCGGAAUACGAUGGUGGACCGGGUGAUGAGCUGUGAAGGUAUGUGAGCGGAGAGAGUAAUUGGAGUGAUGAUUGCGGUUUGGGAUGGGAUGGGAGGGGGGCGGUGUUAUGAGAGGGAUAGAGUAAUUGAUCGGAGGCUUUUGAGAGCGUGGUUCGUACUCUUUCUGUUAGGGUGAGUAGGUGAGGUGAAGCGAGGUGAGGUGGUGGGUUUCGUGGUUCGAGUUAGUUUUGACGAGGGUUUUUUCUUUUCCUCGAGAGUGAUGGAGGGAGGGAGUGAGUACUUGGAGUUAGGCUUGGUUUGGGUCGGGCUAGCUGGGGUGAUCGCAGUAUGAUAAUAUGAUAUUACGCUAGAGCGGAAGUUGUUGUAAGGAGUGAGGGAGAGUGUGUUGUCUGGAGCACGAUACCUAUCCAUCGUGUCUGCGAUAAUUCAGUAGGAUAUUAUGAUAAAACCGAAAUCACACCACCUCACUCACUCACUCAACCCCCCCUCCCCUCAGUCUGUGCUAUGAUAGAAUACUUCCCUCCCUCUCCCUCCCUCUCCCCCCCUUU